AUGGAUAAAUAUGAACUACUUAUUGCAAUAGAACGGAUUGCAUUUUCCUGGAAUGAGAUUCCUCAUAGAGAUUUGGAACUUCAGAAGCUAUUGAUUAGACUGAGCGAAGCAAAUAUAAAGCUCUUUGACUCUCCCCAUAAUUCCCUUUUCCUUUCAGGUAUAACAGAUGAAACCAGGAGUUUAAAUUGUGUCUCCCGUGAUGCGGAUAAAUCUGGAGAUAUAGAAUCGCUUAUAUUACAAGAAGGAUUAGCUCAUCAUUAUUCAAAUGCCAUUACACUGAUAGAGUCUUCAAAUUUAAACAUGAUGGGCUAUGUACAUAAGUGUAGGCGGGUAAUGAGGCUACAUAUACUGGCAAGCGGAUACCAAAAUGUUCUUGACGUAGAAUCACGGCUUAGAACGUUUUUGAGGACGAGAGUGAUGCCGGAUAACUCAUUUGAUGAUUCAGAACUUAUUAUAGAAUGCAAGUUAUUGUCAUUUGUCGCUCUAUUUUUGCAAGGUGAAUAUUUUAAUGCAGUCCAUUAUUUUAUUAAUCUAUUCAACGAAUGCCCUAACUUGAUGGAUUAUUUAUCAGCUUCAGAAAAAUUUGGCGACACUUUUAUCUCAAAAUCCGAGUACGAUCUCAUAAUUAUUAUCUGUCUACUUACGUCAAUUCCAUUAGACAAUUACACAGACUUUGUCACGAUUGAUGAUAUUCGGCCGUUGUUCGAAAGAAUUCCAUUAUUGAUUCGUUGUUUGAAUUUAUUGAUAAAUACCAAGUACCAUGAUUUUUUUGUUAUAUGGCAAGGAACGAUUCAGCAGCAGGCUUGCAGUAGUUUCAUCAUUUUCCCUAGAUGGGCACGAAUAAAUUCCUUAAUGAGAUGCAAGAUAUUAUUUUUAUACUUGAGGAUUUCAAAGAUGAUCAAUUUAUCUUAUUUGUCAAAGACCUUAGGCAUUAAAUAUGAAGCAGUCAUAGAAGAUCUUCCUAGAAUAAUCCAAUGUUGUAAAUUAAAUUUUACUAUUGAGGGAGAUCUAGUAUAUUACAAUCAAAAAGAGUCAAUGGAUGAGAUACUUGAUGGAGUUGAGCAGGUUCAUGAAAAAAUAGAAGACAAAAUAUCAACUAUGAAAUCAAAAAAUGAAGCAAUUAGAGAUUUUAUCCAACGUGCAUUCAAGGAACAUGAAGAGGGUUCCGCUUCGAAGGAACAGAAGAUGGAUGCCGGAGAACUACACGAACAAAGCGAUGACCAAGAAUACAAAGAAGAAGAUCUUGGAAUGGAAGAAUAA